UGCCGCCGCCCGGCUGGCCGGGCCUCGCGGUGCGGAGACCCCGGCGGUGUCGCAGUGCCCGCGCGCCCGCCAGCCAUGGCCCAGCCCGGCGAGGAGGCUCUGCCCGGACCCGAGACGACUGUGCAGAUCCGCGUCGCCAUCCAGGAGGCCGAGGACGUGGAGGAGCUAGAAGACGAGGAGGAGGGGGCGGAGACGCGGAGCGCAGGGGACCUGGCCCGCUACCUCAGCCCCGGCUGGGGCAGUGCUAGCGAGGAGGAGCCGAGCCGCGGGCACAGCAGCACCACUACGAGUGGGGGCGAGAACGAGGACCUGGAGCAGGAGUGGAAGCCCCCAGAUGAGGAGCUCAUCAAGAAACUGGUGGAUCAGAUCGAAUUCUACUUUUCUGAUGAAAACCUGGAGAAGGAYGCCUUCCUGCUGAAGCACGUGAGGAGGAACAAGUUGGGCUACGUGAGCGUCAAGCUGCUCACCUCCUUUAAGAAGGUGAAGCAUCUCACRCGGGACUGGAGAACCACAGCACAUGCCUUGAAGUAUUCAGUGACCCUUGAGUUGAAUGAGGACCAUCGGAAGGUGAGGAGGACCACCCCCRUCCCACUGUUUCCAAAUGAGAACCUUCCCAGCAAGAUGCUCCUGGUCUAUGAUCUACACUUAUCCUCCAAGCUGUGGGCUCUGGCCACCCCCCAGAAGAAUGGAAGAGUGCAGGAGAAGGUGAUGGAAAAUCUUCUCAAGCUCUUUGGGACUUUUGGAGUCAUCUCAUCAGUGAGGAUCCUCAAACCUGGAAGAGAGCUGCCCCCUGAUAUCCGGAGGAUCAGCAGCCGUUACAGCCAGGUGGGGACCCAAGAGUGCGCUAUUGUGGAGUUUGAGGAGGUAGAAGCAGCUAUCAAAGCCCACGAAUUUAUGAUCACAGAAUCUCAGGGGAAAGAAAACAUGAAAGCUGUCCUGAUAGGUAUGAAACCACCCAAAAAGAAACCUUCCAAAGAUAAGAACCAUGAUGAGGAGCCCUCUGCCAGCACCCACCUGAACAGGUCCCUGAACAAGAGGGUGGAGGAGCUUCAAUACAUGGGGGACGAGUCUUCUGCCAACAGCUCCUCUGACCCUGAGAGCAAUCCCGCAUCUCCUAUGGCUGGCCGACGGCAUGUGGUCACCAACAAGCUCAGCCCCUCUGGCCACCAGAAUCUCUUUCUGAGCCCCAAUGCCUCCCCGUGCUCAAGUCCUUGGAGCAGCCCCUUGGCCCAACGCAAAGGUGUUUCCAGAAAGUCCCCACUGGCUGAGGAAGGUAGGCUGCACGCGAGCACCAGUCCCGAGAUCUUCCGCAAGUGCAUGGAUUACUCCUCUGACAGUAGCGUCACACCCUCUGGCAGCCCCUGGGUUCGGAGGCGCCGCCAAGCUGAGAUGGGGACACAGGAAAGAAGUCCUGGGGCAAGUCCCCUGUUGUCUCGGAAGAUGCAGACUGCAGAUGGGUUACCUGUGGGGGUGCUGAGGCUGCCCAGGGGCCCUGAUGACACCAGAGGAUUUCAUGGUGGACAUGAGAGGAGCAGGGCCUGUGUAUAAAUGCCUUCUAUUUUUAAUACCAGCUCCAUGUGUUUUCAAGGUUCUGACAAAUACCURGCAUGACAUAGAAUGGAAUUCAGUCCUCUUUGCAAGAUUUUUGUAUACAUGUAGACCUCUUAAUUUAUAUAUUUGUAAGGCAUAUAAAUUGUCUGGUACCCUAUGGUUUUGAGAUCAUCUUCUAGUUCGUAUUACCCAUUUGUCCCAGCAUGGCCAUUAUUUGGAUAGUGCCUGAUGUGUGUGUGUGUGUGUGUGUGUGUGUGUGUGUGUGUGGUGGCUCUGAAAGGCUGUGGGACAGAGGGUGCCUGGAGAAUGUCUAACAGGUCCCAUUUUGGAGACUGUUUCCCCACCACCACCCUGCAGUGAUGGAGCUGUCCUUGGUAGGCCAUACUAGGGCUUCCUAAGAGCCAAGGUGAGUCUUGUUGUUUAAUGGCAAAUAGAUAAACUUAUAGCAUGGUGUCUUGUAGGACCAAAUGUAUGUUCCCUGUCAAGUGAA